AUGGAACAUUUUCGCUUAGUACUUACCACAGUGCCAUCAUUAACCUAUCUGAAAUUGAUGUCUACGAGAUCAGUGUAUGGUCCUGUGUUUAAUGGUUCAUUUUGGGAAGAAUUUAUUCAAAUUGGUUUUCCGCAACUGAAAACUUUUGAAUUUCGUUUUACUUAUCCUAUUCGAGAUAAUGGCAUUGUGCACAGUGUUAAUUCAAUUAUUGCCUCAUUUCGAACAUCAUUUUGGUUACAGGACAAACGAUGGUUUACUAUUUGCGAUCAUUUUAUAAAAUCAAAGCAGAUCGCGGUUUAUACUAAAUCAAUCUGUGUGAAUCAGGAUGGACCAUUGAUUAGAUGUGAAGCUGUGCCAGUAAGCAGUGUCUGUCGUUUAAUUGAAAAUUCGAACGAUAUUGAAACUACGACUCUGAUGACGCUGAAUUUUAGCGAAUGUCACAUUGAUAAACAAGUAAUCCAAGAUUUAGCGGAUGCAUUAUCUGAUGAUAUCACCAUCAAAACACUCGAUCUUCACGACUCACGCCUUAAAAACGAUAUGCUGCAAAAUUUGAUUGAUCUCUUGUCAAAAUGCACACAACUUACUACGCUUCACCUUGGAAAUAAUCAGCUUGGACCACUGGGCGUACAACAUUUAGCCACACUAUUACAAUCCAAUUUAACAAUCGAGACACUUCAUGUUCCAUUCAACAGCAUCAGAAAUGACGGAAUACGAUACAUAAUCGAAACAUUAGAAGACAAUAAAACACUCACUACAUUGAAUCUUCAAUUUACUGAGAUUGAAGAUAGCGGAAUGCAAUACAUUGCGUCAAUGUUUAUGUGUAGUACGACACUUCAGUCGUUAAAUCUGAGUAAUAAUUAUUUUGGAGUAACUGCAACGCAAUACCUUUCUGAUGCAUUAAAGCAAAAUAACACACUAAUCACAUUGGAUCUAAGUGGAAAUAACCUUGGUAUUAAAGGAGCAGAGUUCUUAGCUGAUGCGUUACCUUACACAACAACACUUAUCACAUUAAAUAUAUCGAAAACUCAAGUAUUAGACCAAGGAAGUCAAGCCAUAGCAAUUGCAUUAUUAUCUAAUACAUCACUGAAAUCACUUGAUCUACGUGGAAAUUCUAUUGAGGAACCUGGGGCACAAAAAUUUAUCAGUCUAUUACGACAAAAUAGGCGACUUCUUUCGUUAAAUCUUCGCGAGAACAGAAUCGAUACAUUGCUUCUCUAUAACACUGAAAUGAUGCACUCAGAGUAA